AGAUUUCUUUUCUGUUUCAAUCUGCUCAAUGCUAUGUAGCCAUGGGUCCAGCAUGUGGAAAGUCUCAUCUGCCAGAAGAAGGCGUUAAGCAAAAGAAGACGGCAGAAGGAGAUGAUGAUUGGAAAGCCCUGCUGACAUCGGGUGCAACAAAUGACGCUCCACAAGCGCAGAAUCAAGCAGAAAAGCGUGACACCGACGCCUUUCAAGCUCUGCCACCCCCGAGAUCGAAGCCGCUGACAGAGCCUGAGGCACCUGAGGCACCUGAGCCUUACGGCCUCAUUGACGAAUAUGUUGAUGACUUGUUGGGAAUUCCGCCAGAAGAACGGCCAUCGUGGCAGCGGCCAUCGUGGCAUCAAACUGGUUCCUCCAUGGAUGUGCCAGAGAUGGUGCUUCAGGAUGGAUCCCGCGCACCGGCCCUUCCUGCAUCAGAAAACCGAGCCUCUCAGACGCCAACGCCAUACUUAGAGGGAGUUCUCAAUGGUUGGGCGGCCAUCGACAGACCAGUUGAGUCCGAAGUGCGAGAUGAGCCAGCUCCAAAGCGACGCGCGGAUAGGCCAUCCUGAAGGGUAGGACAUGGACCAGGCACAGUUUCAAUCCUGAAGCCAAACGGCUUUGCUGCUCUACCUUGCAAUGAAGAAAAUGAUUCUGAAUCUGCAUGGGCUUGAGCAGCAUGCUAUCGAUA